CUUUCAUUGUUUCUCACGCUCUCACUUGUUGUUGAUUCCUUUGUUCUUUUAGGUUUCCAAGUUCAAUGAGGGAAAAGUGUCAGCCGUCAAGAAUAACGUCAUAUGGGGCUCCUCCCCAUCUCAAGAAGCGUUACAAAGCUCUUCUUAUAAGAGCCCAGUCACCUGUACCAGCAGCUAAAGUGAAUUCAAAGGAUCGUGAAGCUACCGGUUCAACGAUGGAAUCGAGGAGAAACACUGGUACGAGUAGAGCCCCCUACAAAGCUCUUCUCAUAAGAGCCCAGCCACCUGAACCAGCUAGGGUGAAUUCAACAGAUCGUGAAGCUGCCGGUUCAAAUAUGACACCGAGGAGAAACACUGGUACGAGUAGAGCCCCCUACAAAGCUCUUCUCAUAAGAGCUCAGUCACCAGAACCAGCUAGAGUGAAUUCAAUGGAUCGUGAAGCUACCGGUUCACAGAUGACAUCGAGGAGAAACACUGGUGCUAGGAGAGCCCCCUACAAAGCUCUUCUCAUAAGAGCCCAGUCACCUGAACCGGCUAGGGUGAACUCAACGGAUCGUGAAGCUACCGGUUCACAGAUGACAGCGAGGAGAAACACUAGUACUAGGAGAGCCCCCUACAAAGCUCUUCUCAUAAGAGCCCAGUCACCUGAACCAGCUAGGGUCAAUUCAACGGAUCGUGAAGCUGCCGGUUCAACGAUGGAAUCGAGGAGAAACACUGGUACGAGUAGAGUCCCCUACAAAGCUCUUCUCAUUAGGGCUCGAUCACCAGAACCAACAAUUUCAGCUGAUAGCGAAGAUGCUCGUGAAGAAACCAUGUCCGCGGAACCAUAAGAAGACCCAUAAGCAAGACUAAGAGUGUCUAAGACCAAAGAGAAACAAUGACUGGUCUAAGAUUUAGUUCUUAUCUUUUAUUUUCUGGAGUAUUUUUCUGAAUCUGAUUAUUAAUUCUGUGUUCUAUCAUAAAUAUUAUCAGCUUUGUUGAGAAUUUUCAUCCAAUAUUAAUUUUCC